AUGGAAAACAAAAUUGCGCCGUAUACAUACAGCGGAAGCUCCGCCGGAAUCUACAAUUCCAGUCGCAACGUUAUGCAGCAGCGUCAAGAUAUGGUGAAUCGAGAAGCGUUGUGUUACACGCGCCUCCAUGAAGCUUCGCUGGAAGCAGAAGUACUCCGUUUAGAGAACACUGAGCUCCGAUCCAUGAAUCGUCACUUGAAGACUGAGCUUAAUCAGUUAAUCCGAUCCUCGAUCCAGAACCGAUUCGAUUACGACAGGAUUCCGCUUCGGAUGCUUAGCAAUCUCUCGAUCGGAGGGAAUCAUGACGCUGACGAAGUGGAGAAUCAGAACCCUAAGGCUAAUCGGGAUGACGUCAGCGAUGAGAGUCCGACGAGUGUUAUGGGGAAUGAUGAGGAUCAGAAUCGCUCUUCGCUGCCAAAGAGCAUCUCCGUGAGAUCUAGCGGUUACUCGAAGACGAGCCAGGGAGGUGGUGGUGUCGCUCAAUGUGGAAAAUCUCGAGGAGCCAUGGCUAAACCAAAGACUUGUGGACCUGGUCAACUCAGUACCAAGCAGAAGGUGUAUGUUCGAGGCGGAGGGAAGAAAGAAGAAGAGGAGGAAAUAGAGGUGGAGGUGUACAAUCAAGGGAUGACAAAGACAGAGCUUUGCAACAAGUGGCAAGAGACAGGGACAUGCCCAUAUGGUGACCAUUGCCAAUUCGCUCACGGCAUUAAAGAACUCCGCCCAGUGAUCCGCCAUCCUCGUUACAAGACUGAGGUUUGCAGAAUGGUUCUUGCUGGUGAUAUCUGUCCUUAUGGCCACCGUUGUCACUUCCGCCACUCGCUUUCUGAGCAAGAGAAGCUCAUGGCUGCUGGUUUCAAGCCCAAGUCGUCCUUCACGCUGCUUAAAUGA